AUAACGGAAAUGUUUGGACACACCUUUGUUGCAGCUGGCAAUUGCACAUAGCACGGCCUGCUUUUCUUCCUUAAAGGCUAACUGCAUCGCCCCAACCUCGAAAGUUUCCUAUUUGUGAAUAUGAGAAUGCCUCAAUGGGUGCCUGGGUCUCGAAAGAAGCCCGACGCCUCUCCUAAUCAUGAAACGUCGGACCCUGCUGCGCCCACUCGCAAUCAGCUGCCCAUGCUGCACCUUGCUGACACUGCGCGGAACAAUCUCGUCGCCGGUGUGGGUGAAUUUGUGGGCACGUUUUUGUUCCUGUUCUUCUCCUUCGCAGGCACCCAGGUCGCCAACACCCCUAAGCCGGCCGACGGCGCAUUCCCGAACACGUCCAAUCUGCUUUACUCGGCGCUGUGCUUUGGGUUCUCGCUCAUGGUCAACGUGUGGGCCUUCUACCGGGUGACGGGAGGAUUGUUCAAUCCUGCGGUCACUCUGGCACUCUACCUGGUAGGCGGCCUGAAGCCGUUCCGGGCGGUGACGGUCUUUGGAGCCCAGCUUGUGGGCGGCAUCGCGUCUGCGGGGGUAGUCAGCGCCUUGUUCCCCGGCUCGCUGAACGUGGCCACCCGAUUGGGCGGGGGCGCCUCGAUCUCGCAGGGUCUGUUCAUCGAGGUCUUCCUGACAGCCCAGUUGGUUUUCGUGAUCAUCAUGCUGGCCGUGGUCAAGCACAAGUCCACCUUCUUGGCCCCGGUGGGGAUUGGGCUUGUCUUCUUUGUGACGGAGCUGGUUGGCGACUACUACACCGGCGGCUCCCUCAAUCCGGCGCGCUCCCUCGGCCCUGAUGUCAUCAACCGUAGCUUCCCCGGCUACCACUGGAUCUAUUGGGUGGGACCCCUGCUGGGCAGCCUGCUGGCGUGCGGGUUCUUUGCCUUCCUCCAGCUGUUCCAAUACCAGUCCGUCAACCCGGGCCAGGACUUCAACGAGUGGGAGGCGAAGCUGGGCCCCGGCUCGUGGGAUUCCUCGAUGCAUCGACCCUCGGUGCUCUCUGAGGCCAGCACGCUCGGGCGCGCGCACUCCCCGACGAGUGAACGGUACCCGGUCCAGGGACAUAAUAACAUUCCUCACGGGGCUGAACAGGUUUAAUGGGGAGGUGGUGAUCCGGCCG